AUGAUAUUUCUAACAUGGUAUUGGCUGCUCCUAUUUGCCAUCCUGUGUUCCAUCCCCUACAUAGUAUGCUUCAUACUGCAGCUGCUGCUGUGGAGGUUUGACUUCAGGAUAAGUAUUAAGAGCUUCUUCAGUUACUCAGAUAUAAUGCUGAAUGUCCCAAUUCAUCUUAACUUUAACAUGCUGAUACGCAUCAAGAACAUUAAAGUCUCCCUUUUUAAAGGGAUCAGGCCCAUUUCGGUCCAGAUUCAGGGUCUUGACCUGGUCUUUGUGGUGAUCAACCAGUUCGAUGAGUGGCAAAGCAAGAAAUUGCAACUUUUGCACAUGCUCGAAGAGAUUAAGGCAAUUCUUGUACGCAAAAGGAUUUUUGACCCUGACACUGACCGCGAAAAUUCCUUUGAAAAUGCUGAUGACAACCAAUUCGAUGUUGGUAGGGAAGAGACAAAGGAAACUCCUGGUUUUGAACGAACUAAUAGACAAUCUCCAGCUGGGAUAGAAACUAGACAUUCCUCAACAAGAUCUUUAGAUAGAGAGCCAACCAGAAAUUUAGAUAACAUUGAAAUUAAAAAGCCCUUCAUGUCAAGGCUGAUCUCAAGGUUGAUCUACUCGCUUGACUUAAAAAUCUUUGAUGGGAAGGCAAAAUUCUUACUGUUGAAGGACGAAAGUUUGAACAUCUCCUCUACUGAUAUCCAGGAGUUUUUCAACGAGAAAGUUGACAGCACUCUCUACUGCAAGGACAGAGAAUGCUUCUGAAUAAACGUACAGGAUGUAGUAAUCGAUAUCUCCCAAAGCACGAACAACCAGAUGAUUGUGAAAGCAAGUGCAGAUACUGUAACUGCUACGAACGUCAGCUUCCCGAACAACCUGAGUAUUGCUGAAACUGUGAGUCUGACCUUCACUAUCCCUCUGGAAGCAUCAGAAAUGAAGAAUUUGUGCAACUGGUGAAUUAACAUCGAUUGCCAAAAAGGCUUGAUCAACAUGAACAAUGAUUUCCUUCUUAGAGCAUGUAGAUUCUUUAUGUACCUCGAUACCAUCGAGAACGUCAUUAAGAGGACAAGGAAGUUGCUGAUCAAACUACACUUUUUGAAGGAUAUCAUUGAAGAAGAGAAAGAGAGGAAUACUCUUAAUUUUGAAAAUUUUAAGAAUCUUGAUAUCCCAAAGAACAUCACUGCUACUAUUCAUGAGAGUCUGAGUGUGAAUCUGUACUACCCUGAGCACCCACUGACCUCGAUUAUGAAGAUCAGGAGUCCAUUUGAGAAGAUUAGUCUUAACUCGGGCCCUAUUUCAUUUGAGAUGUUGUUCAACACAAUGAAGAAAUCAUAUGCAAUGAACUUGACCACGAACACGCUAACUGGGGAGGUCAACCAGCUACAAUGCAUUCAGGUAACCGACUUCAAGCUAGAGCUGAUGAUCAUCUUCAAGAAAAGGCUGAGAAAGAGGGUCCAAGCUCUUAAAGAGAUGAAGCUGGAGUCAAUAAUGGACUGUAGCAUCAAAAAUGUUAAGGUAAAUCUUUCGACUAAUCUCUUCAUGUGGGUCAUGAUCUUCGAUCAGCUAUACAGAAAGAUGAAGAAGGAAGCUAAUGUUAAGAAUGACCUCAUGAAGAGAGUGAUCAACUCGGAUUUCCUUCAGGAAAAUUUACUCAAGCAAGAAUUUGAGUUAGAGAAUGAGAAUUAUCUGUAUGAGACCAGAAUCCCAUCUGACAUUAAGGUAGAUAUCCAUGUUGCUAAAUCGGAGUGUAAGAUUUUCACUAAAGAUGAGAAUAAUAUUAUCAAUAUCAAAGUAGAUGACUACGAGAUGAAUUUGCUGCAGUCUAAUGAAAUCAUCAAUGCUUCGCACUUGUUCUCAAGCGUCUCCCUCAUGUCUCCAAGACUUAGACAGAACUACCUGAAGACUCAUGGCUUGAAAUAUCAGGAGAUUAGAGACAACAGAUUUGCUGAUGUACUCCCUAGGCAAUUCUACGUUGAGUUCAAUGUUCUAGACUUCUUUUAUAACUGUGAUUUCCUGCUAUGCACAGAGAAAGAUCUCAAUGACCUUGCCUUAAUCUCAAAAUAUUUCAAGAGGCAGAAUAUUCUGUAUAAGCUCAAAAAGAAACAUAUGUACACUGAGAAGCUAGAACUUAGAGGAGACGAGCUCAUAAUAGAUUGGUUGCUUGGCGGCCGCCGCUACCUCAAAUUCACCGCAAUGAAUAUCGAAACUCUGGAUACUGGCAAAGCUUGGAGCAAUCUCAGUGACGGAUCUAUGCACUACAAGUGCUCUAUGCUUACUGUCACUCAUAUUAAGGAUAAGAAAAUCGAGAAAAAUCCACAUGAAAUAGAUUUGUCUGAGAAACCUGAGAACCCCAAGAAAGAAUUUACUAAACAAGUGGAUAACAUCUUGACUGUAAAGGACUUCCACUACCUAUUCGUCAUGAACAAGAAGUCUCUAGGGCUCUGGUUCUCAUGUACUGACUGAGACAUGUAUGUACCGAACCAUGUUCACUAUGGGGCUCUAAUUAAGGCUCUGAUAAAGCAAAUAAAAUUUCAAAUUAGGUGGCAUAAGUUAUCAUAUAAGGACUACAAGAUUAGGAACAGAAUUAAGCUGCCAGAGAAACCUCCUAAGGAAAAGACUGCUCCAAGGGACUUUAGUCUCAGUAUUAACAUAAAGGAAACUUUCAGGUGCAUCGGGGAGGAUAAGCCUGUCUCAAAAUGCCUCAUUUACCAAAAUGAGAUUAUUACUGCUCUUAAGGAGAGAAAUUUAUUUUAUUGCGAUAAGAGAAUUUUGCAUGAAACUAGAAGAAAACUGAAGACAAAAAGAGUACAGGAGCAUUAUAUCCAAAUCAUGGCUACAAACUUCAAGUUCGAGUAUCAAAGUCCAAAGAAGUACAAAGAUAAACGCUACUGUGUCAAACUCAUCAAAGAACUUGAUGAAGCUCACGAAUAUGUCACCAUGGACACUUUUGAUUACAUCAAUGCCAUGAACAUCAAGCUCGAAAUGGAUGAUUUCCAGGUUGGCCUCCGCAACCUCAAAGAGCCUCUUGUGCAAAUCAGUGGAUUGAGACUCAGCACCAAGUUCAUCGAAGCGCUGCUUAAUCACGAUGAUGACUCCGAGUUCAUCCUGAUGUACGACGAAAUGGUCUUCGAGAGGUACUCGCAGAGGACCAAGCUUCGGCGACUGCUUCCUAAGAAUUUCUAUGAUGCGCAGAUAUCAACUUCUCACUUCAGAGUGAAUGUGCAAGGCCAUGACACACUGCUCAUGAUGUACGACCUCAGCUGGUUCUUCAACCGGUGGCAGUUCGCAGACUUGUGUGACUCGUUCCCACAGAACUACAAGAUCGCCCUGGGCUUCACACCACUUGACUUGUUGCGAUACCGGUACCACGGCAAGCUCAGCGUUGUACUCGAAAACAAUGAAGUGCUUGUGUACAAAGAACGCAACUUCAGCAGAGCAGACCGCAGACUGCGCCUGAGGGUGUCGAAGAUUGAGUUCUUCCAGCAAGUGAACUACCUUGAGUGGCUCAUCAAGAACAUCAGCAUUGCCACUGACCCAAUGAGCGAGCACGAAACACAGUUCAUGAGAAUUCCGCUGAUCGAGUGCAUUCUACGAUUCCAGUACAACCUGGCUGAUGUGAACAAUCACUACAGAAAUGUGGGGUGUGCAGACAUUCAGGAGUACCUGGAGAACAUCAAAGACUACUCGACACACAACAUUGCGAUAGAGUUGAUGGUGCAUGUUCCAUCGUUGCGAGAGAAGGACUCUCUGGAGGUAGAUCGGAGCAAAGAGAUAUUAUCUUAUUUUAUUAAGCAAUCUCGAGUUCCAGUACUCCAUUUUCAAAGAAGUUACAUGAGUGAAAUUUACCAGAUCAUGUGUGAAUACAUUUUUAAGAAAGAUUACAGUGUGAAGCAAAAUGUGACUCAUAACCCAAUAAAUUACGAUAUCAGGAGCAAAAUUCUAGUCAGUGAUUUUAUCGGAAUAUUCUCUGAUUAUGAUGAUGAAAAUGCCAAUGACAGCCAAUACAAUAGAGAGUCUAUGUUAGAUGAAUCUCGUGGAAGACAUACUUUCAAUCAAGAACAAUUUUUGGAGUGCUACAACGGAAUUAUAGUGUCUUUUGAAAACUUUUUCAUUAUGAACCACAUAGAAAUUAUCCAUAUUAUCGACUACAAAACUGAAAGAGUGAAGGUAAGGAUUGGGGAUGCAGAGUGUCAACUAGAAUGCUUCAAAAUUAGCUAUCUUGCACCUAAGAAUCUUCUCUGCAUUCGAGAUAAAAACUUCAGCAAUUUCCGUAGAAGUGCACGUGAGAAUGACAAUUUCGAUGACAUCAGAGUUUUUUGUGAGAAAUUCGGCCUGGAUUAUGAUGCAUUUAAAAUCAGUGCUAAUACUAAGAAGACAAUUUUCCCUCAUAGAGAGGAGGUUGAGUCCAACUACGAGCCAUCUGGCUACAUGCAUCAGACGUAUUACAACCUCAAACAACAAGAAGAGUUUACAGAUUAUGAAGACUUUGUCUUCUCAAAUAAAGAUACCAUAGCUGUGGUUCUCCUCGCAAAGUAUAAGAAAAAUGAUGAAAUUGAGAUGCAGGACUUCCUAGACCUCUCAGGGAACAUCUCAGAUAUCGGUAAAUCAAGCAAUUCAGAGUUUGACACGAGUGAGAAUGUCAAGGUGACUCACAACAUUACUGUCAUUGGUCUUAGGUUGCUUUACACUCUAAAUAUCGAGUAUCUGUUCUACCACCACUUCUUUGAAACAUUCAAUCUGGAAGAAUUAAAGAAGUCUGAGUACGUAUAAGA